CCGGAAGUGACGCCGCAGGAACUGAGAAGCGUACACAACAAAGAUGGCGUCUCCCGGCGAAGAAGCGACGGGUGAUUCACACGUGGGGAAAAAUAAGAAGCCACCAGCUCGUUAUUGGCAGGAGUUACCAGAUAAAGGGAAAGAUGAAAAGGAUGAAGAAAAGCCUCUGCCGCAGAAGGAUCAACAGACACAGAAAGCAAAGAAAAGAAAGCAACAAGAGGAUCAAAGAGAUGGAAAGAAAUUUGUUUCAGGGAAAUCCGACCCUUUCCCAGGUCCUGCUCCACUUUCAAAAGAGAGGGUGCAGAAAUUCAAGAGGAAAGAUAAGGCUAAAAGGCCUCGUAACCAGCAUUUCAAGCUGAGAGACAUAAUGAAAAGAUCAGAUGAAGCCUCAGAAAUGUCCCAGAAACAAGCUGCCCGGUUUGACAUCCUGCUCCCCGAGGAUGCAGGGUUUCUAGAAGGAGAUGAAGAUGAGGACACAUGUACAAUCUCACAGGAGGACAUUGCAGAAGCAGUGGACAUAACCUCUGGAACAAAGUAUUUCAACCUGAAACUCUCUCAAUUUGGGCCAUAUCGAGUUGACUACACUAAGACUGGACGUCACCUGCUGCUUGGUGGGAGGAGAGGCCACGUUGCUUGUAUAGACUGGCAGUCCAAACAUCUGAUGUGUGAGAUAAACGUGAUGGAGUCUGUUAACGAUGUAAAGUGGCUCCAUAGUGAGGCUAUGUAUGCAGUGGCUCAGAAGAAGUGGCUGUACAUCUAUGACUCCAAUGGAAUAGAGCUUCACUGCAUCCGCAAGUUCAAUGACGUCCUUCGCAUGCAGUUCCUCCCCUACCACUUUUUACUCGCCACAGCGAGUGCUACAAGUUUCCUGCAGUACCUGGACGUGUCAGUAGGAAAGGAGGUGGCAGCAUUCUGCACCAAGAUGGGCCGACUUGACGUGAUGUGCCAGAACCCUCAUAAUGCUAUCAUCCACCUGGGACACCCCAACGGUACGGUCACCCUCUGGUCGCCAAACCAGAAAGAAGCGCUCGUCAAGAUGCUCUGUCACCAAGGCGGUGUGCGCUCUGUCACUGUGGACAAGACGGGCACAUACAUGGUGACAUCUGGUCUGGAUAAAAAGCUGAAAGUGUAUGACAUUAGAGCCUUCAAACCCCUCAAGUCAUACUUCCUCCCUGCUGGAGCUUCCUGUUUAUCGCUGAGCCAGAGGGGACUGCUGUCUGCAGCCACGGGAGAUGUUGUUCAGGUGUACAGGGACGUAUGGAGCGCUCCGGUGACUAAACCCUACAUGGCUCACAGAGUUCGGGGAUCAGUGUGGGGGCUGCACUUCUGUCCUUUUGAGGAUGUCCUUGGAGUUGGGCAUGGAGACGGUUUCACCAGCAUGCUCGUACCUGGAGCGGGUGAGCCUAACUUUGAUGGUCUGGAUGCAAAUCCAUACCGCAGUGCGAAGCAGAGGCAGGAAUGGGAGGUUAAAGCCCUGCUGGAGAAGAUCCAGCCAGAACUCAUCAGCCUCGAUCCUACUGAGCUGGGAUACGUUGACCGUGCAACAUUUGAACAAAGGCAUCAAGACAGGGUCCAAGCUCUGGGCUAUGAUCCGCUUGCUAAAGAAAAAUUUGUUCCCAAGUAUAAGAAAAAAGGUCGUAGUUCUGCUGGUGCCGUUGAAAGGCGCAAAAAGCAAGUGGCUCACGAGGACCAGAGGGACGAAAUCAGGAAAACUGUGGAAGACAAAAUGAAAAUGGAAAAAGAAACCAAGGAGAGAGCGAAGAAAAAGGCAGCUCUAUCUAAUCAGAAAUCUGCCCUGGACAGAUUCAAAAAAUAGAAAAGGAGGAUUCUUUGUGCAGCUCAAACCCCAGUGACAUUCUGUAGGAGUGGACCUUUGAACUUCACAUAAAAGAGACAGUUUUGUUCACAUUACGCCUCUGUGGGAACAAACCAUGCAACUGCAGACAUUCGGAAUGCAGUUGACAUAUAAAGUCGUGCAUUCUGAUGGGCAACAGUUCACUGAAUCAAUGCUGAGUGCAUUAGUAGGGCAGCACUAUUGAAUGUCUGCAGCCUGGAGCACUUCUUUCAUGUGAAGAUAAUGUGAUGUUCUAUAGCUGACAUGGGUGUCAUCCAGAGUUUGUGUUAGAAGUGCAGUGUGUAGGAUUUAGAAGGCAUUGCAUACUGCAAAUAACACUGCUUGCAUCGCCUUCCCGUUAAACAACAACGUAAAAGACCCUUUCUGGCGCCAGUGACUCCAUGGAAGACAACCUACUCUUGCUGUAGAUGUAAAGGGCUCAUUCUAAGGUAGUUAACACACAAUGAUUAUCGCUUACAGGUCAAUGUAUGCAAUGGAAACAUAAAUAUUAUAUUCAGUUUCUGCUAUUGGAGUCCCCUAAAUCUUACACACUACUCUUUCAUAUGCUAUUUUUUCUCUGCCUAUAAAUACAUUUUUGUAAGAUUUU